UUUCAGGAGGUUCUGCGUACUCUGCAGAGCAACAAAGACGACCCGAUCAGCCGAAACGUCGGACCCUUUCCUCGCAAUGACGACGGUUUGUAUUUCACCGAAGACAUACAAAUCCGGCCUAACGCCAUUGGCAACCGGGGAUUCAGGCAGUCCAAGACGGUCGAUUUCGACAUACGUCGAAAAUCUCCCACGAAGAUACAUGAUUUUAAAGUCACCGGUUGCGUGAAAAUACAACUACCGGAUGAGCAUUCUCUAUUGAAACUGAAGAAGAACGAACAUAUUCGCUACCAAAAUAAUGUGAUAUAUAAAGUUGACGAUUCCCUAACACAAUUCUCACGUUUGAAAAUCGGCGUGACAUUCAAGUCGGCAAGGGUGCUGAACAAAAAAGAAGUAGAACUGCGAGACACCUUCAACCAGGCGUACCUGCUCAUCUUCGAUUCUUCCAAGGAUGCCAAGAAUUUCACCGAAACCGACAACGUCGCCUGUCUCUUCGACACGGAAAAGUCGACCAUCACCAAAACUUUGUUGAGGUUGUUGGGAAAGAGGUCGAGCAGAGAGGUGCUCGAGAAAAAGGGGAUUUAUCAGAACGAGCCUAUCUUCGGAAAUACCCUCAAGAACAUCUACAAUUCAGAAAAUGGCGUUCCCAGUUUCAUCCUGAAAACCAUGGAGCUCAUCGAGCGGCCCGACAACAUCACCAGCUUGGGACUGUACAGGACGUCCGGCAACCUGGCCACCAUCCAGAAGAUCCGCCUGGAAGUGGACAAGGGCAAUCCGGGCAUCCUCGACAACUACGCCAAGGAUCCCGACGUGCUCACCGGCAGUCUGAAGCUGUUCUUCAGAGAGUUGAAGGAGCCGCUGAUGUCUUGCCAAACUUGUGAUAAUCUGUCGUGUCUUGCAAGGAACGACAAGAACUAUUGUAAGAAAGACAAAGACAAAGUGCGGACGAUCUUGAAGCACCUGCCUGAAGCCAACUCGGAAACGCUGUUAGCUCUCGUCCGGCACCUGAUCGAGGUGGUCAAGUACAAAGAUCAAAAUAAGAUGGACACGUACAAUCUGGCCGUCUGCUGGGGCCCCACCGUCAUUUUCGCCACGGACGCUUCGGACUGCUCGAAGGAUCUAGUCACCCAAUCCACCGAGGCUACAAGGCUGUUCGAUGCUCUGCUCACGUUUUACAUAAACAAUCCGGAGGAACUCGAAUUGAGGAAGAGGCCUCGCUUGGACUCUAACAGGAACACCAUCCAUCGGGAGGAUUCCAAAGACAGCGUCGCCAGUUCCGAUAGCAGCAGUUCGUGGCAUAAAAAAAAUUCGAGCAAUCCGAACAUCGAUAUUAUCGAUGAAGGUCUGCGAAAAAGCGUCGAACUCAUUGAAAAUUGCAUAACGACGAACGGUCUCUACAAAAAAUCCGGCUCGCUGGAAAGGACGAACAAGAUUGUGAAGAAAAUGACGAAGAAAAAGACAGCGGAAAUGGAAAAAUACAAACAUGACGUCUACGAGUUGACUGACUCUUUGAAGAAAUAUAUGAGGGAAGUUCACGAACCGCUAGUGACCAAAGAAGCUGUCGAGCAUAUUAAUAAACUCUGUGAUAAUACUCGCUGUCUGGAUGACUCCACUCGGCACAUGGUCGCCUCGAUCGUCAUGGACCUGCCGAAGCGUUGCAGCCUCGUCUUCGUCGUCAAGCACCUGAUCAAGGUGAUCAAGAACGAGCCGGCGCACCGGGUGCCCAGGGCCGAGAUGAUCGCCAUCUGGUCGGAGGUGCUGAACGACCGGCACGACCAGCGGCCGGUCCUGGAGGCGCGUAGCGAGUUCGACCGGUUCCUCGCGAUUCUCGUCGAUGUUUUCGACGACACGAAGGGUCACGCGUCUACGCCGACGAUGGUCGCGAAGGGUAUACCGGACGGACUGUUGAACGACCUGAAGAACGUCCAAAAGGAAAAGGAUAGGAUAAGCAAGUACGACAACGUGCCUGACGAUGAGGGGGUGCGAGAGAAGACUGACGAACACACCAAACUAUGA